AAGGAUCAAGCUUUGUUACGUUGGAGUUUGUGAUUGUUGAUAUAUUGCUAGACCCCCAAUAGUGACAAAUCCUUGUCGGUCAUAAAAGGACGGUGGCAUUCUUUCCAAGAAUUUUCAGUUAAGAGAUUCGGGGACAAUUUUCCUUCUUCCUCAAAUUCUCCAUUUAUAGUCAGACUAUCUCCAAAGGCUGCUGAAUCCAUUUCUCCCACAAUUCCCCACCUCAAUUUCUUCACUUCCAAAGCUUGCAAUCCCCUGAAUUUUCCUUUUCCUUUUAUCUCUUAUUGUCUGCUUGGUAGGAUGGAAAAAGGUGAAGCUGACAUGUUGUUAUCCUCUUUGAUCCCCGAGAACCCAACAUGUGUGAAAAUUCCAGGGAAGACCCAACUGUGUCUGGCAAUCGAGGAGGCAAAAUGUCUGGUUAUUAUAGUUGUUCCCAUGGUACUGACCGGUCUUCUGCUCUACUCUCGUUCUAUGGUCUCCAUGCUCUUCCUAGGACGUCUGGGUGAACUGGCUCUAGCCGGCGGCUCGCUUGCUAUCGGGUUUGCAAACAUUACAGGAUACUCUGUUCUCUGCGGUCUGGCCAUGGGAAUGGAACCCAUCUGCGGCCAAGCUUUUGGGUCCAAAAGCUACAAGCUUCUCGGACUGACCCUGCAAAGAACAACGAUUUUGCUUCUCUUGACAUCCAUCUUCAUUGCUUCUCUGUGGAUUAAUAUGAAGAAAAUCCUCCUGUUUUGCGGCCAGGAAGAAGACAUCGCCGAGGAAGCUCAAUCCUACAUUCUUUAUUCUUUACCGGACCUUAUCGCACAAUCAGUUCUUCACCCUCUUCGCAUUUAUCUCAGAAGUCAAUCCGUUACUCUGCCUCUGACCCUCUGUGCAAUUGUAUCCAUGAUUUUCCACAUUCCCAUUAAUUAUUAUUUUGUUUAUGUUCUCAAUUUGGGAAGCAAAGGUGUCGCUUUGAGCUCUGUUUGGACUAACUUCAACCUUGUCGGAUUAUUGAUCAUUUAUGUUAAAUUGUCCGGUGUCUACAAGAAAACAUGGGAUGGAAUUUCAUGGGAUUGCUUAAAAGGCUGGAAAUCACUGCUCAAUUUAUCAAUUCCGAGCUGCAUUUCCGUUUGCCUGGAAUGGUGGUGGUAUGAAAUCAUGAUCCUGCUUUGCGGAUUACUCCUGAAUCCAAAAGCAACGGUUGCUUCCAUGGGAGUUUUGAUUCAAACAACUGCUCUGAUAUACAUCUUUCCCUCUUCAUUAAGCUUUGGUGUGUCAACCAGGGUUGGGAAUGAAUUGGGCGCCAACAAUCCCCAGAAGGCAAAAAGAGCUGCCAUCGUUGGACUCUUUUCAAGCGUCUUCUUAGGACUCUCAGCAUUGUUUUUUGCCGUGAUGGUGAGGAACAUUUGGGCUACUCUGUUCACUACAGAUGCAAUCAUCAUUAAAUUAACCUCCAUGGUCUUGCCGAUCAUUGGACUCUGCGAGCUAGGAAACUGUCCCCAAACAACAGGCUGCGGUGUUUUAAGAGGGACUGCAAGACCUAAACUGGGAGCAAACAUCAAUUUAGGAUGCUUUUACCUGGUGGGUAUGCCGAUUGCUGUGGGUUUGGCUUUCUUCUCCAGGUAUGACUUCAGGGGACUCUGGCUCGGUCUUCUAGCCGCCCAAGCUUCCUGUGCUGUGAGCAUGCUGUUCACUUUGCUCCACACCGAUUGGGAAUAUCAAGCUCAAAGGGCUCAGGAACUUACUCGAUCCGUUCCCAAUGAUGAUAAUGUCAAUCAGGACAAGAAAGUUAACACCACGGGUUUUUCGAGCUCAACUGAUGAUGAAAUGAAAGAAAACCAAUCCCCUGUUUGAUGCUUUUAACAGAAACCUUGUUGCCUUGAUUUUUUUUUUUUUUAUGUUCCCCUUUAACUAAAUGUACCCCCUCUUUGUCUAUUUAUUUUCAUUUAUACUUGGUAGAGUAUACUACUAAACUUGUAUCUUGGUAGAGUAUACUACUAAACUUGUAUCUUUAUAUAUAUAUAGAGAGAGUAAAAUAUUAUAGGACCA